GUUCGGUUAAUCAUCUGCGAGGCCUCAGAUGCCUCCGACGUCACAAUAUCCGUUCGGUAUUGACCAGGUGAGCACUCCGCGGUAAAAGUGUAAACGUUCGGUAAAGCAUCGACAAAUAUUUCAGAUGCUCAUCUUUUUCAUCCGAGGAUUUGGUGCGAGGACUGCGAGGUUCAAUCAGCUGAUAGACGUUUUUAGGUUAUGGUUUUGUUGUUUUUAAAUGAUAUCUUGUAAAUUGUUGUAAUAUAUUUGAUAUUAUUAGCUGAGAAAUCAUUAAAAAAAUAUUUUAACGAUGGAAGAAAAUCAAAUUGGUUCCCAAACUUUAACAAAAGUUAAGCUUAUCCACAGUAGCGGCUGCAGUUUUGUUGUAAAUCUAACAAACUAUGAAAUUAAUCGUGCAGAAACAGACCCUUCAUUUUUUAAUGAAUUAACUGAGAAGUACUACAAGUUAUACAAAAGAAACCUAGUAAUGCCCGUCUGCAGCAACACAGAAGAUAUAGCAGAAGUCGAAGAAGACUCACAAAUCAUAUCAGAAGAAACGGAACCAGCACUCCUAGAUACAACACCCAGUACCUCAAAUAACAUAAGGGUUUGGACUGAUGCAAAUAUAAAAAAUUUAAUUAAUCUAUAUAAGAUCCACAAGAAUGAAUUUGAAAGUGGAAUUAAAAAAGUGGUUUGGAAAAAAAUUUCAAAAAGCUUAAGUGAGAGUACAAAUACCUGUAUUACUUGGACUCAGUGUGACACUAAAUUUAAAGGUUUAAAGGAAUAUUACAAGAAUAUAAAAAAGCAUAAUGACACUUCAGGAAAUAAUUACAAAUAUUGGAGUUAUUUUGAUGCAAUGGAAGAAUUAUUAGGUAGAAAUCCUGAAAUAACAGCUCCUUUUACUUGCAGUAAUGCUCAAGGUCUUAGAGAUGUCAAUAGGGGACCAGUGACACAAUUACAGUCCACAGUUACUCGAAAUGAUGAUGAUGACUCUACUGCAGAUGAUGGUCAACCCGCUACACCAAAGUCAGCAUUUGAAUUUUCCCAUAGUAGGAGAAAAAGAAAACUAGAUAAUACAGUUGAACGUCGUCAUCGCGAAAAAAUGGAAAGGCAAGAUAGGUACCUAGACCUAUUUGAGAGACUAGUUAACUCGCUAGAAAACAGAAACAACUAAAACUCAUACAGGGUCAUCCAAAAAGCAUGCACCAUAUGGAAAACUGUAUAAGAAUCCAUGUAAACUGUUAUGUCUCAGUUAUCAUUUUUCAAAUUUUUUUGGAUGAAUAUAACAGUUAAUAAAAAUUCAAAAAUUCGAAUUUUUAGUUUUUGG